AUGGAUAGUUUCAAAUUUCGCCAACAAAACUCGAGGGGAUGUGUUCUGGAUCAGCCGCAAUAUAUUGGUGAAUACUGCGUUAAUGCACAACGAGGAAUUAUUUUGGGUCGAAGUCAGGCCAGAUAUUUAUGCAAUUUUCGCAUCAAUCGUGAGUGUCAUAUGGAUUUAAAUGAAGGAUACGAAAUUUUCGAUGCUAAAAUUGAACCAUCUAAUGAGAAAAUUGAUAUUUUAUUGAAAUGGUUAAUGCUUCAUAGUCUUCCGGGAGAUUCUCUCAAAAAGGUAUGUCACGACGCAGAUUUUGUUUCAUGGCGUGGUAUAUUUGCUCGUAUUGCUGCAACACCUUCAAAUAAAGAUGAACAUUGGAUGUUUGCUGUUGUAUGCUAUAAAUCGGUGAUAUUUUUGUGCGAAUAUCCAACUGAACAGAAGCUAACAAUGUUAGCAAACAUGUCCAAUCGCGAUAAAAUAAUGGCUUAUUGGGGUUUCAAAUUUGAACAGUUUAUGACAAGCAGUCAUCCAGAGAGCGUGCCUGAUACGAAAAAGCCAGUCACCAAUAAAGAGGAGUUUCAUAUAAUGGUUAAAUCCAAGUUCAAUGAAUCUCAUUUAAAAAUUUUAUAUUCAGCUGAAACUGAUGGUCUUUAUUAUGCAAGUGGUGCUUAUGUGGAAUUAAAAACUAUGCGAUUUGAUGGACAAAAGAAGCAUUCUUGGGACCGAAAGGCUUUAAAAUGGUUUUUGCAGUCAUAUCUUACAGCUACAAAAGAAAUUGUCGUUGGCCUUCGUGAUGACAGUGGUUAUUUGUUUGCUAAUUACAUAUCUUAA